CCCCUCUCUCUCUCUCAUCUGGCUCUCUUUUCUUCUCUCCAGCCAGCGCGACCGAGUCCUUGCGAUCUGCUGUCUCCUUCUCUCUCUAAACAGAGAGCCAUUGGUUUCAUUCGUCUUCUCCUUUUAAUCCUUCUCUGAAACCUGAAAAGGAGGAGGCUCUUCAAGGAGGAGAUUGGAGUUUCUCUCUCUUCUUGUCUCUCUGCAAUGGCGUCGCCGGCCAUGGCUUUUUGCUGCUCCAUGGCCGCGGUCUUUAGCUUCCUUUUCAUAGGCUUCGCUUCUUCCACCUCCAUCUCAGAUAAUGUGUUUGAAUCUCAUGGAGUCACUGGAAGAAGCCUCCUCCAGGAGAAGAAGAAUUGCCCAGAAGACUUUGAGUUCAAGAACUAUACCAUCCUCACAAGUCAAUGCAAAGGGCCCCGAUACCAACCCUCACUUUGCUGUUCUGCUUUCAAGCAAUUUGCAUGCCCUUUCGCUCAACUUUUGAAUGACGACCAAUAUGCUUGUGCAUCCACAAUGUUCAGUUACAUAAACCUUCGUGGUGGCUACCCUCCAGGUUUAUUUUCUAGCGAGUGUAGGGAAGGUAAACUAGGCUUGGCCUGCCCUCCUAUGCCGGCUCCAUCACAGGGGGACUCUGCCAAUGAAGGUCAGAUGCGUUGGAGCUUCUCUCUACUCUGGGUGCUCUCAGUGAGCCUCGUUGUGUUUUUUUUUGUCUAGGGGGCACUCUUUAUGUGAUGUGUGCCUGUAUCUUGAUGUAUUUUGUGCUUUUGUAUUUUAUUAUUUUCAUUGUUUGGAGCAGCCGCUCCAAGGGAGGUGCCCCUGUCUCUCUCUCCGUAUCCUUUAACUCUUUGGAUGCUUGUGAGAUUAUUUUUCCACUGAAGUUGCCCUGUCCGUUUAUCUUGUUUUUCAAGUCUUGAAUUUCUUGCAA